AUCGCUUUAGGGAAAUUAAACAAACAAUACUUUCACUGCAGUUUCAACAUCAGAAUUAAACUUUCUGUCCAAGAGUGCAAUGCUGACAUUAGCUCUGCUGCCAACCGCACGGCUAUUUCCACAACCACACAACUAUCCGUAACUGUCUUAAGAUAAAUAUUAAUGUAAAUACGUUUUUAUAAUUUUGUUGCUGGUAGACAGCGGUGAGAAAAUGCCUUUGAUGAUACAACCCGCUGCUGGACAACAAAAACAAAAUUGCAGUUUCAACGUAUGCCCUCAUUCAGCUACAAUUUAAGAGCAAACACUCUGAGAUGGUAGCAUAAUUUCUACUGCUCGCUGCUGAGAAAAAAAGAUCACUUAAUGCAUCUGGGCAACAGAAGAAUACUAAGAAAUCGCAAUUUCCUCUUUUCCAUUGGGGGUUUUGGUGGUGACCAACAUCCUAGACCCUGGAACAAUAUUUUGUUUUGCCUGUUCAUUUCUUAUUAAUGCUAUUUUACCAGAGAAUCUCUGAUAGGAACACCACCACAUAAAGUUGGGUUUUUACUUGCAGGAAAUAUUCACAUGACACAAGAGACAAGAGUUAAAUCCACAAAGAGCAAAAAUCUGAGAGCUGGUCUGACAGUAUAAUCUGGCAAAGGCGUUCGGUUCUUCUUAAAUGAACUGAACUCAGUCUCCUUAAAGUGGACCAAGAAGUGAACCAACAGAAAAGGGACUUCUUUUUGCUUUCAAGUUAAUUUGAAAGAGGGACGAGUUCUCGCUCUGGUCCUGUUCACCUCUGAUGAGGCCUCAGAGAACAAAGAAGGCGAAGUAAACCUGGAGCGCUUUACGGUCACAAUGCACAGGUUAAGUGAACCGCUUCGUGGACUUGAAGCGAACUACCAGUGACUGGACACCACUGUCUGAAAGGAUCGUUGGGAAAUGUAAUCAUUGUCAUAACAUAGCAACAGUUAUCAUUACUACAGGUUCUAGUGUUACUGCAGUUCAGUGUGAGGUUUGUCCAAGUGGUGUUGCCAUACUCCAGCAGAAACCAUUGCUCAGCUACCACACCUACUGCAUUUUACUACUUUUAAAUGUACCAAAAAGUAGAAAACUGGAAUAUACUGUGAACGUUACGCAGGCUAAGUCACUGCAAAUGCAUUUUGUGUGUUGUGAAAAUUAUAAUUUCAUGAAUUUGGAAUAUUUUUGGGCAGCGCUGAUGCUUUGGCAGAUUGGAUUCACUGGACUUUUGUUGCACUGCUGUGACUCCUAGCAUUUGAGAUCAUUCCUACGAAAAAUCUAAUCUAAUCUUAGCCAAGUUUUUGUUCCAUUAAUGGGACCAACCUUUUCAAACCAUACAAACACCAUGAUGUGUACACAUAUGCCUGGUUAUCUUUCAUCGAGAAGUCUGAAUCAUAUAACUGAUAUCGUGGUCCACACUUAGAAAUUUGCAGAUAACCAAGCAGUAUAAAUUAUGGUUUCGCUGUUGACCAGUCCAGAUCCUGACCUCUGAGGUGGCUUGCAGAAAAAUACCUGUGGCUGUGAGAUUUGUCAUAUUUCUGCAACAAUGAGGACUGGUCGCAAACAUCUGCUUUUCUACCAUAUUUUUCUGUCUGCCAUUUUGUUGUGCCAUGGACAAUACCCAUACUUCAAUGGCAACGGAAACCUCACACUCCCGGGGUCCUACAAUAUACCAUGGAUGUCGGCCAUUGAAGACUUCCGCACCCUUUCUCUCAUCACCUUACCUGGUACCCAUGACAGCAUGGCCCUGUAUGGAGGUCCAGAGGCUGAAUGCCAGGCCUGGUCUCUGGAGGAUCAGCUCAGGGCUGGCAUUCGUUUCCUGGAUCUCAAAGUGUUUGAACUGCUUGACACCCUCUAUGUCAUGCAAGGGGUGGUCUACGAGCACAUCACUUUCAAGGAGGUCCUAGACACUGUCCGAGCCUUCCUGUCAGAGUUUCAGACUGAGGCUGUGCUCAUUAGAGUGCAGGCAGAGUCUUUCGAGACGAAAUCAGUCAACCAAAUGGUGCAAGAUCUGAUUGGCAACGACCAACAAGUCUGGGUGACCUCCGGGAUGCCAAAAAUGAGUCAGAUCAGGGGAAAAAUAGUGUUUCUGCAGAAGAGCACUUUCACAUUAGGAAUUCCCUUCAUAGAUACAGAUGGGAAAGGUAGUGCCGAGGUUAGCAAUGUUCAGGAUAAAGACAAAAGAAUAAUCAAACAGCUGAACCAAGCCAAUGAAGCCUGUGGGGGUGAUAACGUUGUUUUGACUUUCACUAGCGGCACUGGCUUCGGCACUUUCUGGGGAAUGUUUCUGACUCCAAGAAGAGUUGCUGAAAGGGUAAACCCAUGGCUCAAUGAAUACGUGAGACAGUUCUACCCUGAUCAGCCCAGACCGUGCUUUGGUAUCGUUGCCAUGGACUUCCCCGGUCUUGGCCUCAUUCAAACUAUUAUCAAUUUAAACUGGUGGUGAAGGCUCGGAAAUUCUGUACAAGGUGCCUCAUUAUGUGAUUGAGAGGUCAUUUGAAUCUGAUGAUCUUUGAAAUCCUUCUGUCCUCUUUCCCAUCAGUUCUCACUGUUUACUCCAUGAUCAGGCUGAAAUAUCUAGAAAUCCACAAUUUAAUCUGAAAACUGAUUCUCUGUUUGCCUCUGACAGUUGUGUCCUGAAGUGGCAGUAACUUGU